UCCGGCCGAGUUGCUUUAGCGAGUAUAGCGACCCUCUCCUCUCCUAAAACCGCACAUCAUAUCCCUCCAACACACUCAAUCGGUCCCUUGAGCCAUGGCAGCGGCUGGUGGCACGAGCGGCAGCACAAGCGGCGGUGGCGCGGCGGCUGCUGCUGCGUCGGCGGUGGCCGUGCUCGCCACGGUCGUCGCCGCUGCUCUCGUGGCCGGACAAGGAGGGGGUGGUGACGACCCGGCCGGGGAGGGGUGCGCGCGGCCGCCGGUGGUGUUCGCGUUCGGGGACUCCAACACGGACACGGGCGGCGUCGCGGCGGGGCUGGGCUACUACUACCCGCUCCCCGAGGGCCGCGCCUUCUUCCGCCGUGCCACCGGCCGACUCUGCGACGGACGCCUCGUCAUCGACUACCUCUGUGAGAGCCUGAACACGAGCUACCUGAGCCCGUACCUGGAGGCGCUGGGCUCCGACUUCACCAGCGGCGCCAACUUCGCCAUCUCCGGCUCCUCCACGCUCCCCCGCAGCGUCCCCUUCUCGCUGCACGUCCAGGUCCAGCAGUUCCUCCAUUUCAAGCAGCGAUCCUUCGAGCUCGUCGCCCAUGGUGGGAGCGCUCCGGUGGACGCCGACGGGUUCCGGAACGCGCUCUACCUCAUCGACAUCGGCCAGAACGACCUGUCCGCGGCAUUCGGGAGCGGGUCGCCCUACGAAGACAUCGUCCGUCAGAAGAUCCCAGCCAUCAUUUCAGAGAUAAAGGACGCUAUCAUGACUCUGUACUACAACGGCGCCAAGAACUUCUGGGUCCACGGCACCGGCCCUCUGGGCUGCCUGCCCCAGAAGCUCGCCGCGCCGAGGGCGGACGACAGCGACCUCGACUACAGCGGCUGCCUCAAGACCCUCAACAACGGCGCCUACGAAUUCAACAACCAGCUCUGCGCCGUCUGCGACGAGCUGAGGUCGCAGCUGCGUGGCACCACCAUCGUCUACACCGACGUGCUGCUCAUCAAGUACGAGCUCAUCGCCAACCACUCCGCCUACGGAUUCGAGGAGCCACUGAUGGCUUGCUGCGGCUACGGGGGGCCUCCUUACAACUACAACGCGAAUGUGAGCUGCCUCGGCCCGGGCUUCCGGGUGUGCGAGGACGGCGCCAAGUUCGUCAGCUGGGACGGCGUGCACUACACCGACGCCGCGAACGCCGUCGUCGCCGAAAAGAUCCUCUCUGGCAACUUCUCCACGCCCAAGCUGCCCUUCGACUACUUCUGCAAGUCAUGACCAGUCUGUGCGGUGAUAUCAAGCAAAGCUGAGCGAUUCAGUUGAGAAUCCGUUUGCAACCAAGGCAAGAAAUGUAACAAGCAGUGCAUUUCACAUGAGGAAUAACUUGUGACUGUCUCUUGGCCUCCACACUCCACAGGAUAUGCAUUAGGACACCUCUUUUGGGGAUUAAUGGGCACGAGACAAGACUAAACGGCUGACUACUAAAUAAGUGUUUGUGAAAGAGCGGAACGACAACUAGAAGGGGUUGAAUACAAGUCUUAAAAAUUCUUCUCA